GACACGUGGGUCGUGCUCGUGGGCGCGAGCCGCUACUUCGCCAACUACCGCCACGCGGCGAACGUGCUGGCCAUGCGGCGCAUCGCGCAGCGCCUGGGCGUGCCCCGGGAGCGGCUGCUCGUGCUCCUCGCCGAGGACCCGACCUUCGACGGGCGGAACCCGCACCGCGGCCGCGUGUUCAUCUCCGCGAACGGCAAGCGGCGCGCCGCGGACGACCUCGCGGGCGACUGGGGCGCGAACGCGACGCACCUCUUCGCGGACGUCGACUACGCCGGCGACGAGGUGACGCCGGAGCUCGUGCGGCACCUGCUCACGGGCCGCCUCGGCGCGUCGACGCCCCGGUCGCGGCGCCUCGACUCUGGGCCCGCGUCGAACGUGCUGGUCUACCUCACGGGCCACGGCGGCGACGAGUUCCUCAAGUUCCACGACAGCGACGAGCUCUCGGCCGUCGAGAUCGCCGACGCCGUCGCCGAGAUGCGCGCCAAGGGCCGCUACGGCCGCCUCGUGCUCGUGGCCGACACGUGCCAGGCCGGGUCGCUCCUCGCGCGCCUCUCGCCGUCGACGACGCCGAACGUCCUCGGCGUCGCGUCGGCGAAGCUCGGCGAGAACGCCUACGCGGCGGGCGCCGACGCCGUCGUCGGCGUCGCCCUCGCGGACCGCUUCACGGAGCACGUGUCCAAGUUCUUCGAC